GAGGACAGUCCGAGACCCGUAAUUAUCCGCUACUAUUAGUAUUGCAGUAUCACAAAAACAAAUACCACGUCCCUUUCCCCUGCAUCAGCUCCUCCAUUCCCAAACUCAUGCGUGUACCUUUCCUCAUGCCACAUCUCUCUUUCUCUACAUAUAUUUUGUCACUCAUCCACCCCGUAGUUGUUUUCCCUUUCAAAAUCACUGCUAAUUAUCACCUAAUUUAACUCAAUUUUAUUUUACCUUCUAGGGUUUCAUUAUUGUUUUCUUUUUCUUUGAAUUUUAUGUUGUAAUAGAUUGUAUACAAUGAAUUUUGCUCGUAUCGGACGCUCUUUCUCGCGCUCAUCUGCCUCUACAUUUCAAAAAAGUGUUGGUUGUGGUUAUUAUUAUGGAUUAAGAAUUGAUUAUACGAAUACUGGACGAUUUGGUGGCGGUUUAGGGCUUGUAAGGGGGUAUUUAACUUCGAUUGGGGCUGCAAGUGGGAGGAAGAUUGUUUCGACUUCGUGUGUCUCGGAAAUUGAUUCUGUUUUGAAGAAUUACCUGUUUCGGAGGCUUUUGAGCUCGGGAGCUCCCAAAAAAGGAAAGUAUGAAAAUUAUUAUCCCAAACAAAAGAAACAAGUGCCGAAGGGAAACAAUCAAAAGGCGGAAUAUAAAGAGGACUCGAGCAACCGUGAUCAUGGAAAUUUUCAGGAGAGUAUGAAGCAUAAUCAGAAUCUGUUCACAGCCAUCUUGUUUAUAGGGUUUGUCCUUACAUCCUUAUUCAUGAGUCCUCGUGAACAAAAACAGAUUAGUUUUCAAGAGUUCAGAAAUAAGCUACUUGAGCCUGGAUUGGUGGACCAUAUUGUUGUUAGCAAUAAAUCUGUAGCAAAAGUAUAUGUAAAAAGCUCGCAGCCGAGUAUAAGUAAUGAUGAGAUUCACGAAAGUAGUGGAACCAAUGAUCGAGGACAACAGGGCCAGUAUAAGUAUUACUUCACUAUUGGAAGUAUAGACUCUUUCGAGGAAAAACUGGAGGAAGCUCAGGAGGCUUUAGGAAUAGAUCCUCAUCAGUAUGUACCAGUAACUUACGUCUCGGACUUAAAUUGGGUUCAGGAACUUGCACGAAUUGCACCAUCGGCCAUACUUCUUGGUGUUCUCUGGUUUAUGGGAAAGAAAAUGCAAGGCGGAAUAGGUGUCGGUGGACCUGGUGGAAAGGGUGCUCGAGGAAUAUUUAAUAUAGGAAAAGCGAAUAUUACGAAAUUGGAUAAAAAUGCUAAGAACAAGGUAUUUUUUAAAGAUGUAGCUGGCUGUGAUGAGGCAAAACAAGAAAUAAUGGAGUUCGUUCACUUUCUAAAACACCCAAAGAAAUAUGAGGAGCUUGGUGCCAAGAUUCCCAAAGGUGCUCUUCUUGUUGGUCCUCCAGGAACCGGGAAGACACUUCUUGCCAAGGCAACUGCUGGUGAGUCGGGCGUACCUUUUCUCUCUAUCUCAGGGUCAGAUUUUAUGGAAAUGUUUGUCGGAGUUGGUCCAGCUAGAGUUAGAAGUUUAUUCCAAGAGGCAAGACAGUGUGCACCUAGUAUAGUUUUUAUUGAUGAGAUAGAUGCCAUUGGUCGAGCUAGAGGGCGUGGGGGCUUUUCAGGUGGCAACGAUGAGCGUGAAAGUACCCUGAAUCAGUUGUUAGUUGAAAUGGAUGGGUUUGGCACCACUGCUGGAGUUGUUGUUCUUGCAGGCACUAAUAGGCCUGAUAUACUUGAUAAAGCCUUGUUAAGGCCUGGUCGAUUUGAUCGUCAGAUUGCAAUUGAUAAACCUGACAUAAAGGGACGGGAACAGAUUUUUCGCAUAUAUCUGAACAAAUUGAAACUUGAUGAAGAUCCAUCAUAUUACUCUGAAAGGCUUGCUGCUCUGACUCCUGGGUUUGCUGGAGCUGACAUUGCAAAUGUUUGUAAUGAAGCAGCUUUGGUAGCUGCAAGAAAUGAAACUCCACUGAUAAAAAUGGAGCACUUUGAAGCAGCUAUAGACAGGGUUAUUGGAGGAUUAGAGAAGAAAAACAGGGUUAUAAGCAAGCUGGAAAGAAAGACAGUUGCUUAUCAUGAAUCUGGACACGCUGUGGCUGGUUGGUUCUUGGAACAUGCAGAACCGUUACUUAAAGUUACAAUUGUACCUCGUGGUACUGCAGCCCUUGGUUUUGCUCAGUAUGUUCCAAAUGAAAACCUUUUAAUGACAAAAGAGCAACUUUUUGAUAUGACAUGCAUGACUCUUGGUGGUCGAGCAGCCGAGCAGGUUUUAAUCGGUAGGAUAUCAACCGGGGCCCAAAAUGAUUUGGAAAAAGUGACUAAGAUGACAUAUGCACAAGUAGCAGUAUAUGGUUUUAGCGACAAGGUUGGUCUUCUUUCUUUCCCUCAAAGAGAUGAUUCAAUGGAGUUGACAAAGCCAUACAGCAGCAAAACUGCGGCAAUUAUUGAUAAUGAAGUGAGAGAAUGGGUGGGUCUGGCAUACAAUCGGACGGUACAGCUCAUAGAGGAGCACAAGGAGCAUGUAGCCCAGAUCGCUGAGCUAUUACUCGAGAAGGAGGUCCUCCAUCAAGAUGAUUUAAUUAAAAUACUUGGUGAGCGCCCAUUCAAGAGCAGCGAGCCUACAAACUAUGAUGUGUUCAAGCAAGGUUUUGGAGCUGAAGAUAAAGAAAAAGAAGACACAUCUAAAAGUAAGGCAGAAAGCGAAGAUAAACCAGUGGAGCCAGAUGUCUCGCCAGCAUAGUGUCUAGGUUUGUUGUAUCCAUGGUUAUGAUCAUGCUGUUGAUUUUCUGCCCUCUUAAUUUGUAAAUGUAUAUAUAGAACUUUGAACUAACUACUGGAAAUAAUGAUGCAACUUUACUGCUCUGCUUGGUAAAAUCUUGGGCAAUAUCAUGAUACUUGGCCUUUUCUUUUC